UGUAAAGUGAAAAUGGAAUUGUAACUUUACAUGCUACAUCGAGAUGAACAACGGCUAGUGAAAGGGUCUAAAGGAGCAGGCCGCUGUCUCGUGCUUUCCGCGCUCUUUCUUUCACAUACAUGCACACAACCAUGGGAAUAAUGGCACAGCAGCAAGCAACAGCUCAUAUAUAACUCAUCAUCUUCUACAAAACCAAGAAAAGCAUAAAAGUGGGUGAUUGUUAGAUUUUCAAACAAACCAGUACUGUUGUUAAAGCAUGAAAGUGAAAAAGCUCAGUAUUCACACACACACAUAGAGAUAGGGACCCAAUAAAGAAAGAAAAAGGUUUAGCAAAAUCAAAAAAAGACGAAAAUGGUGGGAAUCUUUACUCCUCCUCCACUGUAUAAACGAUCCCACAGCGCCACCUCUGCUUCCCUGGAUAAGAAGGAAAGACAGUUUCUACUGAUAGAUGAGACUCUAGAUACGCCAGACAGGGAUGGUAUGGAUGUGAGAAGCCAUGGAGUCGAAGGUGAGGUGGAGUUCUGGCCAAUUGAACACCCAAUGGAGCCUUCUGAUGAAGACCGCCCUGUGAAAUGUCCAAUGCCAGACUCUUCUGUCAUUAAUAAGGAUGGAGGAGUGCACGAGGACCGAUAUUCUGAGAGCUUGCGGAAGAGAGUAGAAGUAGCAGCAAUGGUGAAUAAAGAAGGAAAGGAGGAAGAGGCUGCAGAGGAGCCUCCUAUUCGGGCAGUGCGGAAGAGGCAUCACACUCUUACUCAAGGGGACCAGACAACAACCCCUUUAUUGAGAAUGCCCCCACUCCCUCGUUUCCCAACCCAGAAUGUUUCAAUGUUUCAAAUGCUUGGGCAAUUUGACAAGUUUGAAUCUUGACAAGAUACAUCAAAUAAAAUGUUUCCAUUUUCUCAUGUACGCCUGGUCUACUCCUAACCACUGUGGAGGGACUAGAAAUCAUCUUUGAGUGUAUAAUGAUGUAGCUGCUAUAGAGUCAAUCCAUCCUAAAAAAGUAGGAAAAGGACUUAUCUAUAAAUGUAUUUGCAAUUUCAUUUUCAUAUUCUGUAUAUUAUCAUCAAACUUUGUUGUAGACUUGUAGCUCGCUCACUUUACUUACAGCAAAUUUGCCCGACAGUUGAAUGCCCUUAUUUCAGUGGUAUGAAUAAUGUGUCACUUCACUUGUAAUCAAAGCUCAAAUCACUGUCACAGAAGUGACAAUGCUAUUAAGCUCA